AUGGCUAGUGUAGCGGCAUGGCUUCCAUUUGCUCGAGCAGCAGCUAUUGGUUGGGUCCCAUUAGCUAAACAUCCUUUGCCACCGCCACCAUUUCGCAUUCCAACAGAUGGUACAUCAUCAUCGACUGGUGGUGACCGUCGUUGCGAUGAAAAAAUUAUUAUUAAUGUUAGUGGUCGUCGAUUUGAAUGUUGGCGUUCAACAUUAGAAAAAUAUCCUGAUUCAUUAUUGGGUUCAAAUGAAAAAGAAUUCUUCUACGAUGAAGAUACGCGUGAAUAUUUUUUCGAUCGUGAUCCUGAUGUAUUCCGUAUAAUAUUAAAUUUUUAUCGCACUGGUAAAUUGCAUUAUCCAAAACAUGAAUGUAUUGCUGCAUAUGAUGAAGAACUAGCGUUUUUUGGUAUACUACCCGAUAUAAUUGGCGAUUGUUGCUAUGAAGAUUAUCGAGAUCGUAAACGUGAAAAUAAUGAAAGACUCAUUGAUGAUCGUCUUCACGAAGAUGAUGAUAAAGCCCAACCCAAACCUCAAUCCGUACGUGAAACAAUGUGGCGUGCAUUUGAAAAUCCUCAAGUAUCAACCAUGGCAUCUGUAUUUUACUAUGUUACCGGAUUUUUUAUUGCUGUUAGUGUUUGUGCUAAUGUUUUGGAUACAGUAUCGUGUGGAACUGAUCCUGACACUGGGUAUUCGAGAACAUGCGGUGAACGUUUUUCUCGUCAAUUUUUUUGUCUUGAUACAGCUUGUGUUAUGAUAUUUACUGUUGAAUAUUUUCUUCGUCUUUAUGCUGCACCCGAUCGAUUGAAAUUUAUUCGAUCUGUUAUGUCUGUUAUUGAUGUUGUUGCUAUAAUGCCAUAUUAUAUUGGAUUAUUUAUGCAUCAAAAGGGUGAAGUCAGUGGAGCAUUUGUUACUCUACGUGUUUUUCGUGUUUUUCGUAUAUUUAAAUUUUCUCGCCAUAGUCAAGGCUUACGAGUAUUAGGUUAUACAUUAAAAAGUUGUGCUAGUGAACUUGGUUUUCUAUUAUUUUCAUUAACAAUGGCAAUUAUUAUAUUCGCUACUGUUAUGUAUUAUGCAGAGAAAAGUGUUGUUCACACUAAAUUUACAUCUAUACCAGCAGCAUUUUGGUAUACUAUUGUUACAAUGACAACACUUGGAUAUGGUGACAUUGUACCGAAAACUUGGGCUGGUAAAAUUGUUGGCGGUGUAUGCAGUUUAAGUGGCGUACUUGUUAUUGCUCUUCCUGUACCUGUUAUUGUAUCAAAUUUUAGUCGUAUCUAUCAUCAAAGUCAAAGAGCAGAUAAAAUGAAAGCUCAACGAAAAGCACGUCUAUCACGUAUACGUCUGGCACGCAAUGCGACAAGUAAUGCAUUCAUAGCAGCUAAACGACGUCAUGAACAAUACCGUGAUGAUCCAAAUUCUCCUGUUGAUAAAAAUCUUGUUAAUCCAUUUGAACUUCAACAUCAUCAUUUACUUCGUUGUUUAGAAUUAACAACUGAUCGUGAAUUCGUUGAAAUGGGUCCCGAUGCAUUAAUGAGUAGUGGGGGUACGAGUAUUGUUCCUGGCGGUCAUACGUCUACUGGUAUAGGGCGAUUAGGUUCGCCAGCUAGACAUUUUAUGCUAAAUCGUCGAAAAUGGCGAUGCUGUGGUUUUGGACGAAAAAAGAAAAAUCUCUAUAAACAUGAUACGGAUCGUGCUAAUAAUAAAAAUCCAAAUAUCAAUGAUGAUGAAAUCGAUGAAGAACUCGGUGAUUUUCAACGACCUAUUUCAUCAACACCGCGUGAUUCUUUAUCAAAAAAUCAUCCAGUUAGUACAACAAAUGUGAUACAACAUCAAUCACCACCUCUACUAUUACAACAUAAUGUUGUACUUCAUUCCAAUAUGUAUGAAUCGCCAAAAUCAAUAGGCAAUCGUUCGGAAGUUGAUGUUCCAAUAAGUCAAGAUGAUAAUAAUCAAUUAAAACAUCAGCGAAAUAAUCUAAUGACUGUUUAUGAACAUAGUUCAGCAAAUGAUUUUCUAGCGGAUGAUUCUCAAAUUUUAAAACCACCCAAAGAUGUCGUUGAUAUAAUAGAAGAAGGAACAAAUGAUGACAAACAAACGGUAUGA